AUGAAAAUCGAUCAAAUUGUGGUCGGGUUUGUGAGAGAAACGGAAAGGAGUGGGGCGAAUGGAACAAUGGCCGAGGGAUCGGUGACCCUGAUCGACGAUGGAAAAGAGAAGAUUUUGGUGGAUGUUGGAUCGCCGGAUAAUUGGACGGAGAUCGAGGAUGGACUGAGGAAAAGAGGAUUGGCGGUUGGGGAUAUUGAUACGGUUGUGAUCACGCAUGGGCAUUUGGAUCAUUGCGCAAAUUUGGGCCGCUUCGGGAAUGCGCGAAUCUACAUGGAUAACGAUGUGCGAUCACCGGAUCGAGUGUAUUCGAGUACGGAGAAGGAGAUCUCACUCACCGCUCGGAUCUCAAUUCGAAAAUUUCGAGGUCAUACCGAUAACGAUUUGGCGGUGAUUGUACGAGAUGAGGAAAUGGGAACGGUUGUAGUGGCUGGGGAUCUCUUUGAGCACGAGAAUGAUGAGAACGAUUGGCGGGCGAAUAGUCGAUAUCCGGACGAUCAUCAACGAAGUCGCGACGAGAUUCUCGAAAUGACCGAAAUUGUUGUGCCGGGGCAUGGAGCGAUGUUUAGGGUCAAGAAGAGUAAA